CGCAAGGGCGGGUGCGGCUUCCCCGCCCCUUUCCCGCCCAGGGCGCACCCCGUUGCGGCGGCCAUGGCGCGAGGAGACGCCCCGCAGGACAGCUACCACCUGGUCGGGAUCAGCUUCUUUAUCCUGGGGCUGGGCACCCUCCUUCCCUGGAACUUUUUCAUCACUGCCAUCCCGUACUUCCAAGGCCGGCUGGCAGGAGCCAACCACAGCACGGCCGGGAGCCUGAGCGCCAACCACACAGUCCCUGAAGACACCUUCAACUUCAACAACUGGGUGACGCUGCUGUCCCAGCUGCCCCUGUUGGUCUUCACCCUCCUCAACUCCUUUCUGUACCAGUGCAUCCCUGAGACAGUGCGGAUUCUGGGCAGCCUUCUGGCCAUACUUCUCCUCUUCGUCCUGACGGCAGUGUUGGUCAAGGUGGACAUGAGCCCUGGACCCUUCUUCUCCAUCACCAUGGUCUCCGCCUGUCUGGUUGAGCAACAACCCCAUCCUUGUCCCUCUGCAGCCUUUGGUGCCAUCCUGCAGGGCAGCCUCUUUGGGCAGCUGGGCACCAUGCCCUCCACGUACAGCACUCUCUUCCUGAGUGGCCAGGGCCUGGCUGGGAUCUUCGCUGCCCUUGCCAUGCUCCUGUCCAUGGCCAGUGGCGUGGACGCCCAGACCUCUGCCCUGGGGUACUUUAUCACGCCCUGUGUGGGCAUUCUCAUGUCCACUGUGUGCCAUCUGAGUCUGUCCCGCCUGAAGUUUGCCCGCUACUACUUGGCCAAGGACUCCUCGCAGGCCCCAACUCAGGAGCUGGAGACCAAAGCUGAGCUGCUCCAGUCUGAUGUGAAGAACGGGAUUCCCAACAGCCCCCAGAAGGUAGCCCUGACUCUGGAUAUUGAUCUUGAGAAGGAACCGGAGCCAAAUGAACCCCAGAACCCAGGAAAACCUUCAGUCUUCGUUGUCUUCCGAAAGAUCUGGCUGACAGCGCUGUGCCUUGUGUUGGUCUUCACAGUCACCCUGUCCGUCUUCCCCGCCAUCACAGCCAUGGUGACCAGCUCUACGGGUCCUGGGAAGUGGAGUCAGUUCUUCAACCCCAUCUGCUGUUUCCUUCUCUUCAACAUCAUGGACUGGCUGGGACGGAGCCUGACUUCUUACUUCCUGUGGCCAGACGAGGACAGCCGGCUGCUGCCCCUGCUGGUCUGCCUACGCUUCCUGUUCGUGCCACUCUUCAUGCUGUGCCAUGUGCCCCAGAGGUCCCGGCUGCCCAUCCUCUUCCCGCAGGAUGCCUAUUUCAUCACUUUCAUGCUGCUGUUUGCCAUUUCUAAUGGCUACCUGGUGUCCCUCACCAUGUGCCUGGCGCCCAGACAGGUGCAGCCACACGAGAGGGAGGUAGCUGGCGCCCUCAUGACCUUCUUCCUGGCCCUGGGACUGUCCUGUGGUGCCUCCCUCUCCUUCCUCUUCAAGGCACUGCUCUGAAGUGGCCCAUCCGAGCUCUCCCAGCAGCCCUCUCCACGGCGCCCACUGUGGAGUUGAGAUCCAGCCCAGGGGAAUGGCGAACCCGGCUCAGGCCUCUGCUGGGCGGGGGCCCCUGGCUCUAAGGCCACCGGGAAGGGCAGGAGAUGCUCCCCCUCGCUGGCUGGUGACCACUUGAGGUGCUCGAGGAAGAAUUCACCACCGGUCAUUCUAACCCUCAUCCAGGAACGG